AUGCAGGACAGCCCGUCAGCAACAUCUGGCCCCAAGUCUCACAGCCAGUCCGCGUUCAACCUCCAGCGCCAGGCCUCCAUUGUAGGUGGUGCCAGCUCAGGGGCGCUACCCUUAAAGACUUCCCCAAACCCCGCUCCAAUCCACCUGAAGCCCAAGACCCCAAAUGUACGGCGCAUGCGCCGGAUCAUCUCCGAGGACGCAGAGUGGACUCUUGCCAUUGUACCACUCCUUACAGAACUCUGCAUUCAACAUAUCGUCAAGAACUUCCAGAACAACCCUAUCCUGAAGCAGCUGCUCCCAGAACACCAGAAGAAGGUCCUGAGCCACCUGCCCCAUGACCUGCCACUGACGGUGACUGCCAACUUGAUCGAUGACGAGAACUAUUGGCACCGCUGCUGUAUCAAGCGCUGGUCCGUGUGCCACGUGGCCAAGCACGGCGGGAGCUGGAAGCGUAUGUUCUUUGAGAGACACCUGGAAAACCUGCUGAAGCUCUUCAUCCCGGGCACCACGGACCCCAAUGUGAUCCUGGACCUGCUGCCCCUCUGCAGGAACUACGUGCGCCGCAUCCAAGUGGAUCAGUUCCUCCCACCUGUGAGGCUGCCAACCCCGCCCCUGGCUGAGGACCAGUCCGACUCUGGCAGUGAGGGAGAGGGGAAUGAGCCUGAGAAGGACCACUACCAGCUGGAGAGUCUGGUGGCUGGCCUCAAGCACCUGGAGGAGCUGGACCUGGUGUACGGCGUCAAAGACUGUGGCAUGAACUUCGAGUGGAACCUCUUCCUCUUCACCUUUCGAGACUGCCAGUCUCUGGCAGCCACCAUCAAAGCUUGCCACACCCUCAAGGUCUUCAGGCUGACCCGAAGUAAGGUGGAUGAUGACAAGGCACGCAUCCUAAUCCGGAGCCUGCUGGACCACCCAGCUCUUGAGGAGCUGGAUCUGUCCCACAACCUCAUUGGGGACCGUGGCGCGCGAGCAGCGGCCAAAUUGCUGAGCCACAGUCGCCUGCGAGUGCUCAACCUUGCCAAUAACCAAGUGCGGGCGCCUGGUGCUCAGUCGCUGGCUCAUGCCCUGGCACACAACACCAACCUUGUCUCCCUCAACCUCCACCUCAACUGCAUUGAGGACGAGGGUGGCCAAGCAAUUGCCCACGCCCUGGAGACCAACAAGUGCCUCACCACGCUGCACCUCGGAGGCAAUGAGCUGUCUGAGCCCACAGCCACACUCCUGUCCCAGGUGCUCCCCGUCAACACCACACUCAUCAGCCUCAACCUCUCCUGCAACCACAUCGGGCUGGAUGGCGGGAAGCAGCUCCUGGAAGGCAUGUCAGACAACAAGACCAUCCUGGAGUUUGACUUGCGUCUGUCAGAUGUAUCCCAGGAGAGCGAAUACCUCAUUGGCCAGGCUCUGCAUGCCAACCGAGAGGCCACCCGCCAGCGGACCCUGAGUCCUGGCUACUUCAUGGCACCCAUCACUAACAACAGUACUGAGAAUUCCGUAGGCUAA